CCUCGUCCGCGUCUCAUACAUUGUCGUCAUCUGUGUUGACAUUUUCCGAUGAAAUUCAGUCAUGAAUCAUGUUUGCCCCGAUAACCAUGGCCGCGGCGUGUGAGAUGGCCCCCCGUUAGCAUGUGGGCGGGCAUGCACCAAAUGAUGCCAGGAGCCGAGUGACCUGACCUGACCUUGCGCCAUGAGCUCGUUCUCAGGCAAGAUAAAGGAGUUCCCGCAGAUCUCCGUGGACAGGUUCGAUGGCCGUAACCUCGCCAGUACCGCUUAUUUCCUCAGCCAUGCCCAUUCCGAUCACAUGAUUGGGUUGAGUUCACCCCAGUUCUUGGAUCACUUAGAAAGUAAUAGUGGCGUCUAUCUUUACUGUUCUGCUAUCACCGCUCGCUUUCUGCAAGCAUCUAUCCGACACCGCCCUUUGGACCCAUUUGUGAGGCCAUUACCUCCUGAAGAACCUGUCAAGAUAACAGUUCCCAAUGUUGCUGAGGAAGCCAGCCAUCAACUCUGUGUCACUCUUAUACCUGCGGGACACUGCCCAGGAUCAGUCAUGUUCUUGUUUGAGGGAAGAGGAGGAACUGUUUUAUACACGGGGGAUUUCCGUACAAGUGUAGGAGAUGUAGAAAGAAUACGAGCAUUGCACAACUCAGAUGGCACUGUUAAGGCUGUAGAUUCUUUACAUAUAGAUACCACUUUCUGCCACCGUGAUAUCUUGCACUUUCCCUCAAGAGAGGAUAGUUCAUCUGCCAUCUGUGAUCUUGUAGAAGACUGGCUGGCAAGAGGAAAUAACCAUCUCAUACACCUUGUGUGCCCAGCAAAAUAUGGGUACGAAUAUGUAUACCGGAGCCUCCAUGAACGCUUUGGGAUGCGUGUGCACGUCAGUCGGUGGAAGUAUCGCAUGUAUGACACGGUACCAGAAAUUCAGGAUGCACUUACCCCAGAUGCAACUGAAACAUGGAUCCAUGCCUGUGAUUGGAGGAUGAGAGAAAUCGAGGAGGUGAAGACCAGAGUGACCGCCAGCUCCAUGCAGAUGUGUUCCUUUUGGGAGUAGAUACAGCCCCAAGUAUACGAUUUUAUUCGACCGUGGGCAAUGUUUUACACAAUCUAUCAGUUUGCUAAGGAGGUCAAGCAAGUAAACAGAGAUGGUAGUUUCUGCAGAGUGCUGUUAUCCAUGCAUGCAUCUUGUUCCGAAGUUCUGGAUUUGGUAUCAUAUCUGCGGCCAAGAAAGGUCUACCCAAAUGUCAUUCCUAUGAAUUCUUCAAAGGAAGAGGUUUUGAAACUUCUUCAUGAGGCCUUGAAUCGCUCUGGAGACCACUAUAGCAUUGAGUAUGGUGGCUCUCAACGCCGGAGUUUGGGUUCCUUUAAGAGACAAUUGCAAAGCAAUGAGAGCAACAGCAGUACACUAGAGGCAGCAAUGUUGGAUGGAUUCCUGACUUCCCCAAGUAAACGUCGGAGGCACAGUGACAGUAACAUGACUUUAGUCCUACCGACUCCUCGAGGCAAUAUGAAGGGAUCACUCAGCCUGGAAGGAGAAGCCAGAUGUGAUGCUUCUGAGGGCAAUGUAGCAGGUACCUCAGGGAAUCCAGGGACUCAGGGAUCACCAGGGAUUAACUUGGAGUGGACUGAUCCUUACACUCCUUCCCCCACUUCAUCUGCAUCUUGUAAAUAUGUGACCACCCCAACUUCUAGUCAAGACGAGCAACAGACGAGUUCAAAAUCAUCCAAUUCUGCUAAAGUCAACCUUAGCAGCAAGUUAGAAACUGCCAAUGUAGGAAAUAUUGUAAGUGAUAGUGCAAUAAGAAAUGUGAUAGUCAAAGUUUCCCCACCUGUGACCAGUAGAGUUGUAAGUGCUGGAACAAGUGUCAAGGGUAGUGAUAUUGGUAGGUAUGGUUAUAGUCCCCAGCAGAUGUCGGUUGAUGCUGAUGAAGAAGGGGACAACCAGUCAAUAAGUAGCUUGGUUAAAAGUCAAGAUAGCAUUGACUUAGCUAGUGUAUUUUCUGAUGAUGUUGGAGAGAGCCCAGUGAUGACAGACUUGAAAGAUGAAAGACCAUCAUCAUCUGCAGGUGUUGCUGGGGAAAGUGACAUCAAGCGAAGCAGGAAGAUGUGGUACAAACAUAAGUAUUUUUCCACACCAGUUCAUGAUGAAGGAGACAAGCGACUUAAACUGGAACCUAAACCCUCAUUUGGACCACGAUCAUCCUCACUUCCUCUCCCAGAGCCUGACCGUGAAGGGAUAGUUUCACCUGAUUUAUUCCCAAGUCCUGAAGCAGAUCGUAGUCUUCCUCUCAUCACUGUUUCUUCUCCAUCAGAUCAAGCCAGUGAGUCGCAGGUAUCUGAUGAGACUAACGUUACCAUUGUCUUAAGCGGCAGCUCGGGAGAACCAUCUGACCUGGAUGUCAUGUUAGUGGAUGAACUUCCAGCAGACCAUACUCUGUGUUCUGAAUCCCAUCACUCAGUGAGUCCCUCAAUCCCAAGACCUUCAGUAAUUUGUGGACCUCCACUUGUUACUGCUCUACUUGACAAAGAUUCAGGAACUGGUUCUGAAGUGAAUACACACUCAGUCAUCUCAUCCCCAAGUGAUUCCUCCAACAGUGAUUCAGCAGGGUCAGGACGCAGUGUCCCUCCACUGAAAUCUCCAGUGCCCGGUAACUCCCCAAAAGUAGUAGACCUUGUAAGUGACAGUGACUGCACACCAGAACUAGAAGACUUGUUAAUACGCACGCACCAGGUCACAGGAGUCACAGUGAAAACCCAGGAUUGUUCGGGGAGAUCUUCGUGCCUCAAGACCACAAGAAGGAGAGAUAAUGAAGUUGAAGUUGUGACUUUGGAUCAGCAACGCCUAUGAAGCAAGACUUUGUAAGUAGUUUUUUUGAUUGUUUUUUCAGGUCUUCAAGUUUAUAUUGACAGUGCUUACAUUGUUUUACUUUUUUAUUUCAUGUAAUAUUUUGUAAUAUUUUCUUUUAUAAUGGAUGACUAAAAUAAUGCUCUCAAAUAAAGAAUUAAAUGCAAGGCUCAUAGGAGGAUAUCAAGAUCUUUGUAAGACUGACGAAAAGAAAAGUAAUACGAAUGGGAAACGGCAGUUGCAAAGGACAAGGAUGUGCAUUUUAUUGUAAUGAUAAAGAUAAUUUCUAAAUAACUGUUGACAACUGUAAAGUAUGGUAACGAAACAUUUUACUCUUAUUAGAGAAUGUAAACAGUAUUUAGGCUUAGAAUCAUAUACUCAACAGACACUCUUGAGUGUAUACAUGAAGCUGUUUAUGUAAUUAUUAAAACAAAAUAUCAAUUAUAUAGGAAAUGGUACUUACAGUUAUUUAUACAUAAAAAGAUAGGCUAGUUGGCAAAUAUUGUGCACAAAAAUAAGUCCACUCCUGCUAGAUCACCUACAAAACUAGGCCUAGAAAUUUAUAUCCACUGUUUAAAAACAGUGGUUUAGAAUUGUCAAAAUUGGUCAGAUAAUGUGUCCAGUGAAUUUUAUAGCUUAUAAAUACUACUGUUGCUUUGUCUUAGACUUUGUUUUCUUGUCAAUUUAGUAUAUUAUGGAAUAUUUACAUCUUAAGAUCAGGUGCUUACAAAUAUCAUGUCAUUGUGGCUGGCACCUGAUGCAGUUUGUGUAAUCAGAGGCAUUCUGUUGAUAUUAUGAGUAAUCAAAUAUAUGUUUUGCUGCCUCAUAGAAAUAGUUAAUGAAAAUAAAAUAUGAGAUCAGCAUUCAUUAACAUGUAUAACAUGGUUGAUGCAGAUGAAAGUAUAAUGGGGGCAAAUUCAUAUUAGGUCAUAUUGCGCCUUCCUGUCUUACCAAAAUAUCAUAAUACUGAAAAGUU